CGAUUUUGAAUUUUUAUUAAUUUCCUGUAAACAAAUAAGUUUUAUAUUACUAAAACUAAAAACUCUUUAGAAACAUAAAAAAUACUCCAUAAUCAUGGCAGAUGAAGAGUACGAUGAUAACGACGUCGGCGACGACUUUGAAGACGAUGUGGAAGACGAAAACAUUGAAGAAUUAGAACAACCAGAGGAAGAAGGAGAUAAUAUCGAUAUUUUACAGCCAGGUCAAGCUGGAGGCGGUGUUCCAAAAAAUAAGCGUAUAACCACCAAGUACAUGACAAAAUACGAAAGAGCCCGAGUUCUAGGCACGAGAGCCCUGCAGAUCGCUAUGUGCGCCCCUGUAAUGGUCGAAUUAGACGGCGAAACGGAUCCUCUACAAAUAGCAAUGAAAGAAUUGAAACAACGUAAAAUACCUAUAAUUAUUAGGAGAUAUUUACCAGAUCAUUCUUAUGAGGAUUGGGGUAUUGAUGAACUUAUUAUUAUUGAUCAUUGAAAGGGAUGGAAAUUAUUGUAUAUGAGUAAUUACAGUUAAUUUACAAAUACCUGAAUAGAGAAUUAAGAUUUUCCUUCUUGAAAUGUAUUAAGUUCCUUAUAAAGGGGAUGAUGGGCAGAUAAGGAAGAUUGGUGUCCUAGAAAAAUAGUCUUUUACAUGUAAAAUAUGUAGUUAUCUCCAAGGUACUUUUUUAUCUUUUAUUAGUACCUAGUUUCUCUAAAAAUACUGAAAUGACCCAAAA